UCAACGUGAACGCCGGAUAUAAUUGCUGUCAACAACGAAUACUUUGUGUAAAGUUUCUUGAAUAAUGCGUGUGUAUGGUUUUAUAGAGUUUUGUAUCACAGCAUUACAGCUCUAAGGAAUAUGUCCGACAAGGAUAACUUGGUUAAAGUCGGCGACCAAACCGCUAAUAGGGGUAUUCCACUACGACCCGAUUCCCCACGAUUUGUCCCGAUUUCCAAUAUAUAGAGGUCGGGGACAUUCGUAACUCAAUCGGCGAAGGUCCUAACUCAUUCGUAGCUAGUCGCGGGCGAGUCGUGAGCUCCCAAAAAAUCGCGGCCAGUUUUUAAACGUGUUUAAAAUUUGACCAAGACCUCUAAGACUGAAUUUAAUCGCAGUUGACUCAUAACAGUGUCGUAGUGCGUUCUUGGGCGUCGUAGUGGAAUCUUAGGUAAUUCGUGACUAAAUCGGGGAAUCGGUGAUCACGUGAUCUGUCUACGAAUCAUUUACGACUCUGUCAAGACUCUCAAGAGUUCACCCCGAUUGAGUUGCGAGCCCGCUAAGAUUCUGAUUUUACCCUCACUGUUCACUCUGUUCGUUGGAUCGCAGAUGUACUCGUACGUGUUGUACGAACGGACGCAGGCGAAAAUGAGAGAGCAGUACUUUCCAAACAGCUCACUAGACACAAACUUUAGCGCGUGCGACAACAUUAAUAAAACGUCAUUGAAAUACCAGCAACACAAACAGGUGCAACAACAGUCUGCAAACUGGUUGAUCUUUUACAACCUGGGCGAGACCGUACCAAUGGUGUUCAUGAAUAUCGUUAUCACCGCAUACACAGACUCAUUUGGAAGAAAGUUUCUCAUUCUAUUGACAACAUUUGGCACGUUUUUCAAAGCAGGUAUGCUUUCACUAAUUGUAACUUUUGACUGGGCGCCGGUGUGGGUGGUGAUGUCGUACAUCGUUUAUGGAUUUACUGGUGGAAUGUUCGGGCUUCUUUCGGCCGUAUUCGCGUUUAUUGCAGAUAUUACAUAUACAGAUGACCACAGAAUAAUUGGGAUUGUAGUAACCGAGUGCGUGCUCAUGAGUACCUCUAUGGUAGCUCCUUACUUAUCCGGGUAUUUUGUGGAAACAUUGUCACUGGGGUUUUCAAAAACGUCUUUCAUUUGCGUAGGUAUGUGUUUCUUCAGUUUCUCUGUUUUACUGCUAUUACCAGAGAGCCUUGCUAAACACAAUCGGCAAAAAGCACAAUCAAUCAUCCAAAAUAUCAAACGAGUAACCGAUUUCUACGUCAGCAAGGAGAUGAAAGGACAGCGAACAAGGUACAUUCUGCUAAUGCUUUCUUUCUGGUUCGCAACAGUUGCCGGAAUGUGUAGGACCAGCAUUGAGACGCUGUACUUUCUAGGGCAGCCAUUCUGCUGGGGACCCUCAAAGAUCGGGUUGUUUAUGACAGCUGUGAAUGCCGCCAAAAGCGUCAUAGGCCUUGGCUCUCUGCGACUGCUGCAGGUGUGUCUCUCCAACCCAGUUAUCGCAAUUAUCAGCACCGUGUCUCUAACUAUUUCUUACAUCAUCGAGGGUCUGGCGCAGAGCACGCUUGUGAUCUACUUGGGCCCCAUUACCGGUAUGUUCUCGUUUCUUAUGCUACCGAUGAUCCGCGGCAUGAUGUCCACCAUUACACCAGCGGACAAGCAGGGAGCUAUGUUCGCGGGCGUGGCCGUGUUCGAAGUACUUAGCAGCCUCGUGGGCUCUAUCGCUUUCAAUGGCGUUUACUCGCUGACCAUGACUUUCAUGAACGGGUUUGUGUUUCUUUGCAUGGCAUUCCUGAGCGUGUUGGACACAAUCCUGUUGCUGGCGUAUAAUCGAAUCAAGCCGCCACCCAGUGUGAUCAGUGUUGCAGCCAUUAAUUAAGACAUAUGCUCAGAUGAGAAGGUCGAUUAAAAAUACAUAACGUACAUGGAAUCAAUAUGCUCAAUGAUAUUCAUUUACUGAUAACUGGUUAGAUAAUCGUUGCUAUUAUUUUUUAACAAAUUCUCAAUUUGCACUAUUCUUCUUCAUUUCGCCCAAAAGCCAAUUGUUUGCAAUAUUAGGACCUUCAAAAUUUCCCAAAGUUAACAUUAUGUUUCAAAACUGUAAUUCUUUAACGUUUAAAAAACGGAAGCUCUUUGUUUUUUCAAAUGUGUUCAUAUUUUUUCAGUUGUAAAAUUACACUCAUGAGUAUAUAUACUGUAGCGUCUUUUAUCAUCUUUUAUGCAGAGAUCUAUUUAAUGAAAGUAAUCAAAUUGUAGUUCAGGAAAUGUAACUUCAAGAGUGCUAACAAGGUUUUACUAUAGCCAAAUGUUCUGACCAAGUUUCAUGAUGAUUGGACGAUAAAUGUUACUUUUAGAGAUAAACAAGUUUUUACAAUGGCCAUAUAAGGACAAAUGGUCAGCCCCCUGUCGGCCAUGUUUUUCAACCAAUAACCAUUUUCGAACUCGCCCAAUAUAUCAUUAGGAUAUAUCUUCUGACCAAGUUUUAUGAAGAUCGGACAACAACAGUGGACUCUAGAGUGUUAACAUAAUUAAACUAUAGCCAUAUAAGGAAAUUGCCGCGUCCCCUGGCGGCCAAGUUUUUCAAGCAACUGAAAUCAUUUUCAAACUCCUCCAAGAUAUCAUUGGGACAAGUCUGCUGACCAAAGUUUAUGAUGAUCAGACAAUAAAUGUGGCCUCUAGAGUAUUAACAAGGUUUUACAAAAGCCAUAUAAGGAAAAAUGUUCCACCCCCUGGCGGCCAUGUUUUUCAACAGGCCAAAACCAUUAUUGAACUUUUCCAAGAUAUCAUUAGAAUAAAUUAUCUAACCAAGUUUCAUGAAGCUUAGACUAUAAAUGUGACUUUAAGAGUGUAAAGAAGUUUGUACUGUAGCCAUAUAAGGAAAAAUGUCCCGCUCCCCUGGCAGCCAUGCUUUCAACCAACCGGAACCAUUCUCAAACUCGUCCAAGUUAUCAUUGGGACAAACCUUCUGACCAAGUUUCAUGAUGAUUGGACAAUAAAAUGUGGCCUCUAGAGUGUUAAAAAUGUUUUACUAUAGCCAUAUUAGGAAAAAUGCCCCGCCCUCUGGCGGCCAUGUUUUCCAACUAACAGGAACCAUUUUCAAACUCAUCCAAGAUAACAUUGGGACAAAUCUUCUGACCAAAUUUCAUAAAGAUCUGACAAAAAAUGUGGCCUCUAGUGUGUUCACAAGGCAAAUGUUGGCACCGCACCACACACAACGGAAGACAGACAAAAGGUGAUCACAAAAGCUCACCAUGAGCACAUUGUGCCCAGGGGCGCAAAAAACAAACCCCAUAUAUUAUACAGUUUUUCAUUGAAUGUUCUUGCCAAAAACAUGACUUUGUGUAUUAAAUCCUUUAACCAAUGUUUUCAAUUUAAAAAAAAACUUUAUAAUGUUCAACCUUUGAGAUAUUUUAAUUUACAUUUUCAGGCAAAAACAAAAGUGUGAAAUAUUCCUUCAAAAAAGUUUUUCAAUAACACUCAUAUCAUUUUUAAAAUAUGUGUUGAUAAAUUGUCAAGAUAAUGUGUUAUUAAAUUGUAUAACUGCAGAGUUUCGUUAAAAAUUUUAAGUCUAUUUGUAUAACUUUUUUAACACACAUUGUG